AAGCCAGAUCAAACAGCAGAGAAUCUGAAACCUCUGCUGUUAACAAACCCAUUAUUAAAAAUGUGAAUAUCCACUCGUUGGCAUGCAGUCGGAUGAUUUGACCCUGGAAUGGAUUUAGAGGAGGCUUACCAGGUGGUUGGAGAAUUCGGUAGACACCAGAAGCGGAUGGUCACCAUCCUGGUUCUCCUACAGAUUUACAUGGCAUGUCAGUCCAUGCUCAUAAUUUUAGUGGGUGCUGUGCCAGAAUAUAACAUAGAACCUGUUACUGGAAGUCCGGAUGAUGAUAUAACACAAAGUGUGAAAUUCACAGAGGAUGUCAGCUCAAUCGUGACCGAGUGGUACCUGAUUAAGCAUCAAGCCUACAAAGUGAACUUGGCUGGGUCCCUGUUCUUUGCAGGUGUGCUGAUCGGAAAUGUCCUGUUUGGACCACUCUCUGAUAAGAUCGGCAGGAAGCCGGUUUUCCUCACUGGUCUGUUUUUUGAGGUCUUGUUUGGGUAUGGAACAGCGUUAGCACCCAGUUAUGAGAUAUUUGCUGUGUCUCGGCUGCUGGUGGGGAUGAUGAAUGGAGGAAUGGCAUUGGUCUGCUUUGUUCUCACUCAGGAAUAUGUGGGAAAGUGCUACUGGGCUAUGACAGGGACCUUGACUAAUAUGACCUUUGCAGUGGGCAUCACUCUGUUUGCCGCAUUGGGUUAUUAUGUUCGGCCAUGGCGGAACCUAGCAACUGUAGCCAACUGUCCUGGACUUUUGCUCUUCCUGUUCUGUGUGACUUUGCCAGAGUCUCCACGCUGGCUUUAUUCUCGGGGUCACACGGAGAAGGCUGAGGACAUCCUGCAGGAUUUUGCUGUGAGGAACGGGAAAGGCAGAAUUCCAGUGAAGCUCCGGCGGACCGUCAGCACUAGCACUCCAGAUGCAGCCAGUUCUGGGGUUUUCCAGCUGGUCACACAUCCCAUACUGCGCUGGAGGACUGUGGUGCUCAUGUACGUGUGGUAUGCGUGUAGCCUUGUGUAUUACGGGUUGACCCUCAGUGCCAGUGAAGUUAAAGGUAAUCGUUACCUUAGCGUUGCCAUGUAUGGCCUGGUGGAACUCCCUGCGUAUCCGCUCUGCAUGUACUUCAUUAACAAACAGUGGGCAGGCCGGAGGAAGUCGAUGUCCUAUUUUCUUGCAAUUGCAGGCAUAUCCUGUCUGCUCACAAUGUUUGUACCUGUAUCAGGGUCCUUAUUAAGUGCCACGUCGCUGGCUCUAGUGGGAAAACUGAUGGUCAGUGCUGCAUUUAAUAUUGUGUACGUGUAUACAUCAGAGCUCUACCCAACUGUGAUCAGGAAUGCAGGGUUAGGUGUGUGUUCCAUGUCCUGUAGAGUUGGGGGAAUUCUGGCACCGUUCGUGCCAAGUAUGAAAUCAUUGCACACCUCCAUGCCAUUUAUGGUGUUCUGUUUGAGUGGGAUUUCCGCGGCCUGCCUGGGGCUCCUUCUGCCUGAGACACUUAAUAAACCUGCUGCUGAGACACUUGAUGAACUGUCCAGCCCCACCUACCAGCGAAUCUUAGAGCCGCAGGUUUGCCUUUUGGAGGAAAAGCAUUUAAUUGACCACAACGGGACUUAUAGUGACUGAGACAAAGACCUUGAGAACAUUUUAUUACACUUGUUUACAUACAUUCCUUGACCAUGUUCAGAAUGUUGUGCCAUAUACUAACUCACCGAAAGACUAAAGGUGCCUUCCAGAAGAAAUCUGUCUGCUCAAAGGAUCAAUUCAACAGAUUUAACUGUCAGGACUAUUUUAAAAGAAUGGAAAAGGGACCAGAUUCUUAUUCGUAAGCUCUUUUCUGAUAAUGUCUGACAAUUAUGAUAACUAAUUUCAUGUGGUUACUGCCAUUUAUGAACAAAUGUCUUGCUCUGUUGUUUUUAAUGUGUUUUUUUUUUGUGAUCUAUGACAUUAUAUUCAUCA